ACGACACUGUAUCCAACAUGAGUCUCGAGAUCUGUCACGAGCAGCUGAGUGAUGCCAGGUGGAUGGAGCUCCUGCCGCUGAUCCAGCAGCACCAAGUGGUCAGGCUAGAGUUCUGUGACCUCACGGAGGGCCGGUGCAGAGACAUCAGUUCCGCGCUGUGGGCCAACCCCACCCUGACAGAGCUCAGUCUAAACCACAACGAGCUGGGGGACGCCGGUGUGCACCUGGUGCUGCAGGGCCUGCAGAGCCCCACGUGCAAGAUCCAGAGUCUCAGCCUGCAGUACUGUGGCCUGACAGAGACUGGCUGUGGGGUCUUGUCCAGCCUGCUGCCCUCCAUGCCCACUCUGCGGGAGCUGUACCUCAGCGGAAACUCACUGGGGGAUGGGGGCCUGCUGCUGCUCUCCAAGGGACUGCAGGAUGCCCAGUGCCACCUGGAGAAGCUGCAGCUGGAGUACUGCAACCUCUCGGAUGCCAGCUGUGAGCCUCUGGCCUCCGUGCUGAAGGCCAAAUCCAACAUCAAGGAGCUGGUCGUGAGCAAUAAUGACAUCCAUGAGGCAGGCAUGCGCACACUCCUCAGGGGCCUGAAGGACUCUGCCUGUCUAUUGGAGACACUCUGGCUAGAGAGCAGCGGUGUUACAGCAGCCAACUGCAAGGAUCUGUGUGAUGUUAUGGCUGCCAGGCCCUUCCUGCAGGAUCUGGAACUGGGCGACAGCAGGCUGGGCGAUGCAGGUGUCGCAACGCUGUGCUCAUGGCUGCUGCACCCCAGCUGCAGGCUCAGGAAGCUGUGGCUCUGGGAGUGUGACAUCACUGCCAAGGGCUGCAGGGACCUGUCCCAGGUCCUCAGGACCAACCAGAACCUGAAGGCACUCAGCCUUAUGCUCAACAGGCUGGGUGAUGAGGGCGCCCAGCUGCUGUGCGAGGCCCUGCAGGAGCCCACCUGCCAGCUGGAGUGUCUGUGGGUUAAGGAAUGCAGCUUCACAGCCGCCUGCUGCCCCUACUUCCGGGCGGUGCUGGCCCAGAACAAGUUUCUCACAGAGCUGCAGUUGGGUGAGAACAAUCUGGGUGACACCGGUGUGCAGGAGUUGUGCCAGGGCCUGGGCCAGCCGGGCUCUGUGCUGCAGGUGCUCGGGUUGGUGGACUGUAAGUUGACCAACAGCAGCUGCAGCAGCCUCGCCUCGGUCCUGCUGGCCUGCCAUAGCCUGCGGGUGCUGGACCUCAGCAACAACGGCCUGGGGGACCCUGGUGCCUUACAGCUGCUGGAGAGCCUCCGGCAGCCAGCCUGUGCCCUGGAUUGCUUGGCCGUGUUCGAUGUGUACCUGAGCAGUGGGGUGUGGGACCAGCUGGAGGCUCUGGAGAAGGAGAAGCCGUCCUUGAGGAUCAUCUCCUGAGGCCCACCUUCUGCAGGCUCCCAGAAUCUGCUUUCUGCACAUGGAGGCUGGUUAUCACUGCUGACCUGCUCCCUGGGGCGCCUUCUGCGGGUGUCCUGGCUGUGACUGGACAGAGACACCGUGCAAACUACUCCUUGGUAUAAUUAUUAAAGGGCUUUGUUGGCAGGCGGGGUCCUGUCCUUCCUU